AUGGAACCCAAUUCCCCAACCAUUAAGAACUCUGAAUCUCUGCAAUUCUGGAAGAAUAUGAAUGGAGCCCAGAAGAUGGUGAUGAUAACCAUGGCCGUACUCACUCUCAUUGCAGUUCUUGCUGCUGCAAUUCUCAACAAUCCCGCAUCUUCAUCUUCAUCAUCCUUUGCAGAGGAGGAUUCAAGAAAUCAUCAUCUGAAUUCAGUAAUCAAGAAAGCCUGUGCCAACACUCUGUACACUUCAUUGUGCUUCACAACCCUGUCCUCCAUUCCUUCCCCUGUUUCAUCAGACAACAACCAAACCGUUCUUAGCUUCCAUUACAUCCUCGAAUUUGCCAUCAAUCAGACCAAGAAACACGUCCUCGAAACCCAGGUCUCCAGCAUUUCUCGUUUUCAAAAUCAAAGCUGGAGUUCACAGCAGCAAAACGCAAUCAAGGAUUGUAUGGAAAUGCUUGAUCAAACUCAGUACGAACUCGAACAAGCCAUUGAGAACCUGCAUCAGUUCCCUGAAUCAGUGGGUUAUCUUCCGAGAUCAUAUGGGUAUCUCAAAGUCCUUCUUAGCGCUGCAAUGACGAACGGAUAUUCCUGCAUUGACGGGCUCUCUGAUUUGGAGGCGUUAGAUUCAGAAGCCCAGAAAGAGAUCAAGAAACACUUUCAGGUUUCGUUGAACCCAAUUUCCCAAAUGAUUAGUAAUUGCCUGGCCAUGAUCACAGAUAUGGAGAAAGUUAGGCGUCAAGAAACUAUGAAGAAUCCGAGAAUGUUGUUGAUGAAGAUUCCGGAAGAUAGAUUACUGGAUUGGAUGAGUGUUAAAGAACGAAAAAUGAUGCAAAUGAAGGGGAAACUGAGCCCAGAUGUGAUUGUAGCCUGUGAUGGAAGUGGCAAUUACAGUAAGAUUGGUGAAGCCAUUGCUUUGGCCCCAAAUUUCAGCAAGAUUAGAUAUGCCAUAGGAAUCAAAGCAGGAAUCUAUGAGGAGAAUGUGAUUAUCCCCAGAGAAAAAACGAAUCUGAUGUUAAUGGGAGAUGGGAUGAAUUCAACUAUCAUUGCUGGUUCAAGAAAUAUUGUAGAUGGCUUUUCAACUUUUGCAUCAGCUACUCUGAGUAUGUUAAAAACUUUCAUCUCCUUGAACUUUCAGUACUGUUGAGAUUCAUCAUAAUAUCAGAUGUCAAUUAGGUCGUUUUUUGGUUGAGUGCUGUUGAUUUUGUGAACUAAAAGUUGAAAGUUUUCAUUUUGGCCUCAGUUUUGCUUCCACAUGAGGAACUUAAAGAGUCCUAGUUUUCAUCUUUAUGCCAUUUUUAGUUUUUGUGUUGAAUCUUCAGUACUUUUCUUGUUAUGCUGC